CUUCCUCUCUUGCCAUCACUCCUUCUCCCACUCUCACUACCAACAUGCUCUUCGGCGCCCUCGCCCUCCUCGCCAACGCGGCCUCCGCCCUCGCCGCCAUCCAGGUCAUCCAGCCCUCCAAGGACCUGUGGUGGGUCAACAACGGCCAGAACACCCUCGCAUGGACCGGCUCGGCGCCGCCCAACGACUUUGUCGUCAUGCUCUCGAACCCCGACACCAAGCUGCUCACGGCUGACAACGCUAUCGGUGCCAUUGCCCAGACCUACAUGUACUCGCUCACCGUCCUUCCCGUCAAGUGGAACGCUGGUACUGGGUACACCAUCAAGCUCGUCAACCCAUUGAAUGGCACCGACGUGUACGCCGUCUCGGAGCCCUUCGAGAUCAAGCCCGAGGGCUCUACCUACGCCACCGGUGUGACCAGCGCUGCGGGCACGCUCGCCGCGACGAGCUCGGACACUGCUGCGAACACCACCGCUUCGUCGGCCGCCGCCACGCCGACCUCUAACGGUGCCAUGUCCAACGCCGUCCCCGCUGCUGCUGCCGUCGCCGUUGCCGGCGCCGCCUACCUCCUCGCCUAGGCGAGUACUCCCUGCUUUACUUGAGCGGGGCAACUUUCUAUACUCUCGUGUCAUGGACUGUGCUAGGCGUAGCGUAAAUCGAUGCAUAAUAGCCGUUAGCCGGUGUUGUGUUGUGUGA